AUGGAGCGAGUGUUUUGGUGGAAAGUGUUUUUUUGCGUCUGGGAACUUGUCGCAGUUUUUGCGACGAACCACGCUGCAUCCCCGCACCCAAAGGUGAUGCUAAUUUCUUAUGACGGGUUUCGGUUUUCGUACCUGGGCGAACACGGCCCCACUCCGACGUUUGACAAGUUGGUCGAAGACGGGGUCUACGUUCCUCAGCUGAAGAACGUUUUCCCUACCAAAACAUUUCCGAAUCACAUCUCGCUCGUGACUGGAUUGUACCCUGGAUAUCACGGAGGAUUUUCAAAUUCCGUGUAUGAUCGAAAUACCGGUGCUGUUGUCAAUAUGUUCAAUGAUGGGGAGAAGUUUGUUGGAGGAAGACCCGGAGUUUUGCCGUUGUGGGUGGUGAAUGAAAUGGCUGGUGACGGACGAUACAGCGGAGUGAGCAUGUGGCCCGGUGCAACGUUCGGCUUUGGACCCGAAGGCAGAAAGCCGCGACAUCUCUUGACCUAUGCGCCGAAUAUGACCUGGGAAGCUCGAGUCGACGAAGUUAUUCCUUGGUUCACUGAUCCUGAAGCCCCCGCGAAUUUCGUCGCUUUUUACAUCGAGGAGCCUGACAAGAGCGGACACAACUUUGGACCCGAUUCAGAAGAGGUUGACGCCGUCGUUCAGAAACUGGAUAAUUUGACACAUUACAUAAAAACGAAAUUGGAAGACGUUGGUUUAUGGGACGAGGUCAACGUAAUUUUGACUUCUGAUCACGGCAUGUCUCCGGUUAAUGGGACUAAAAUUCUGAACAUCACUGAGCACGUUGAUAUGACGAAGGUCGCUCGUGGAAGUUCUUCGCCCGUAUUGUUCUUCUACGCGCUUGAAGGCGAAGAAGAAAUAGUCGAAAAACAGUUGAGAAAUGCGUCCGAAGCGCUGAAGUUCGAGCUGUAUACACCCGAGGAUUGGCCCGAUAAAUGGCAUUUGGGACACUUGGAUCACCUUCCUGAUUUUCUCGCCAUUUCCCCGGUUGGCUAUGCCUUCGAAGAGGCGUUUUGGCUCGAUGCCUGGAAUAUGCGGCCGGAUAAUAUGAUAUACGGUCAGCACGGCUUUGACAAUGACAUGGAAGAUAUGCACCCGUUCAUGAUUGGACACGGACCGCGUUUCAAACCCGGUUUCAAACUUGAACCUAGUCUCAGUUCCAAAGCUGCAGAAUUGAUGCUGAAUUUGGACAUUUUCCCGAUGAUUUGUGAUAUUUUGGGUGUGAAGGCUCCUUCGAACAACGGCAGCAUUAGUCGAGCGACUCCAAUACUCAGAGCCGUUGUGCACCCAACAGCGCAUUUUGCAAACGUCAUUUUACGCAACUGCUCUUCUGAUAUUCGUUGGACUCAGCGUUUGUGCAAUCGUGGGAUUAUGGUUGUGGAGAAGGAAAGGCUACGGAAUGGACAACGUUGCUGCUACGAGGUUGCUCUGAGAUGGUGUCGGUGCGAGACGCGUUGUCGGUUGCAAGCAGCAGACAAGGCCGGUGCACGUAGUGAAGAAGAGCAGCAUCUUUUGGUUCCACCGCCUUUUCUCACAGCUACCGAAGAAGUGUGACUCGUUGGAUUCACCGAGCGAAGUGUCCUGAGAGAGAGAGACAGAGCGAACUAGUACUUUUUUU